CCAAGGUGCAGAAUAGCGCCUCUUCCCGCGGGCGCUCUCCGAGGUGCUGAAGCCGAUUCGAGGGGGACCCCUGGCACCUUGCACCCUGCCUUCCAUGAGGAGGCUCUGGACCCUUGUGGGGUUUGUUGGGGUGUUUUGGGGGGGUGUUUUGUUGGCUUCUGUGUCCGACACAGCUCUGGCUGGCUUUUUUCCUCAAAGCGCCAACUUGGAGCAUUUAUCCUCCUUCCUCCCUGAACUCUCGGACCUACAGAGCACAAGGACCCACCCAGGAAGAUGUUCAGCUUUAAUACUCUGCGCCUGUACCUCUGGAGACCAUUGUAUUCUCCAGCCUGGUGGCCUCUAAAGGCACAGAUGCGGCACGCUCAACGCCCAAGGCCAUGUCGCCCUCAGAUUUCCUGGACAAGCUGAUGGGCAGGACGUCGGGGUACGAUGCCAGGAUCAGGCCCAACUUCAAAGGGCCCCCAGUGAAUGUCAGCUGCAACAUUUUCAUCAACAGCUUCGGCUCCAUCGCAGAGACCACCAUGGAUUACAGGGUGAACAUCUUCCUGCGGCAGCAGUGGAACGACCCCCGGCUGGCCUACAACGAGUAUCCCGACGACUCCCUGGACCUGGACCCGUCCAUGCUGGACUCCAUCUGGAAGCCCGACCUGUUCUUCGCCAACGAGAAGGGGGCGCAUUUCCACGAGAUCACGACGGACAACAAGCUGCUGCGCAUCUCCCGCAAUGGCAACGUACUCUACAGCAUCCGAAUCACGCUGACCCUCGCCUGCCCCAUGGAUCUGAAGAAUUUCCCCAUGGACGUGCAGACGUGUAUCAUGCAGCUGGAGAGCUUUGGCUACACCAUGAACGACCUGAUCUUCGAGUGGCAGGAGCAGGGCGCCGUGCAGGUGGCCGACGGGCUGACGCUGCCCCAGUUCAUCCUCAAGGAGGAGAAGGACCUGCGCUACUGCACCAAGCACUACAACACCGGCAAGUUCACGUGCAUCGAGGCUCGCUUCCACCUGGAGCGGCAGAUGGGCUACUACCUCAUCCAGAUGUACAUCCCCAGCCUGCUCAUCGUCAUCCUGUCCUGGAUCUCCUUCUGGAUCAACAUGGACGCGGCCCCUGCGCGCGUGGGGCUGGGCAUCACCACGGUGCUCACCAUGACCACGCAGAGCUCCGGCUCCCGAGCAUCCCUGCCCAAGGUGUCCUACGUGAAGGCCAUUGACAUCUGGAUGGCCGUGUGUCUGCUCUUCGUCUUCUCCGCGCUGCUCGAGUACGCAGCUGUCAACUUCGUGUCCCGCCAGCACAAGGAGCUGUUGCGCUUCCGCAGGAAGAGGAGGCACCACAAGGAGGAGGAGGCGGGCGAGGGUCGCUUCAACUUCUCCGCCUACGGGAUGGGCCCGGCCUGCCUGCAGGCCAAGGAUGGCAUCUCGGUGAAGGGUGCCAACAGCAGCUCCGCCAACCCCCCGCCGCCGUCCAAGGGCCCCGAGGAGAUGCGCAAGCUCUUCAUCCAGAGGGCCAAGAAGAUCGACAAGGUGUCCCGCAUCGGCUUCCCCAUGGCCUUCCUCAUCUUCAACAUGUUCUACUGGAUCAUCUACAAGAUCGUGCGCCGCGAGGACGUGCACAACCAGUGACAGCGGCGGGCUGCGGUCGGGGCAGGGGCGGCGGCCUGUCACUUCCCAUCGGCUCCUGCUUCGCGCUCACGCAACCCGCCGCCCCACCCGGGGGACAGAGUCACAAAGACAAGACGCUUGCUGGGCUGCGGCCCGCCUCGCCUCACCGCCCUCAUCACUGCAGUGGGCGCAGGCUGAGGGCAGCGAGGGCAGGGCGGCCUCCGGGACGGGCGACCGAACAUCGGGGUCCUCGGCCAAGUAAGUCAGUCCUCAGGUCUCCAGGCCCUGCCUCCGAGCGCGCCCACUUCUCAGCUUGCCUCCUGCCCUGUCCCCCCACCCCCAGAAACAGCCGCCGGGUUCUCCCAAAUAAUUGCCGAUAUGCAAUCUUUUUUUACCGUUAGGAAAAGUAAUAAUCUCAAACAAUAUGCAGAGAAGCAGAGGAUACACU